AUGCCGAUCGAGGACGCUGCGGCGGCAGCUCGGGAGGGAAACAUGGACUUCAUCUACCACCUUAACACGGAGCAGCUGCAUGCCGUGGUCCACAAGUUUGACGAGGACAACCGGACCCUGCUCCAUGUGGUGGCCUGCACGGGGGACCUGGAUUUGGUGCAGUAUAUUCUAGACAGCGGCGGUAAAGAGCUCAUCGACCACGCCGAUGACGAGGGCUGGACGGCCCUGCACUCCGCGACGAGCUGCGGGUACCCCUCCGUGGCCAAGCUGCUGCUGAUCACGGGUGCCAGCGCGGGGCAGACCACAGCGCAGGGGCGCAGCCCGCUCCACUACGCGGCCAGCAAGGGGUGCGUGGACAUCAUCCCGGAUCUCGUCUCGCACGGCGCGGACGUGAACGCGCGGGACUGCACAGGGGCCACCCCCCUGCACCGCGCAGCCUCAGUGGGCUUGACCCCGGUGCUGCGUGUGCUCCUGGACACGCCCGGCGUGAAGCUGGACGUGAAGGACAACUACGGGCAGACCCCCCUCAGCCUGGCGUGCAGCGGGGGCCACCGCGUGGCUGCGCUGGUCCUGGCAGGCCGGGGUGCCGACGUGGAGUCUGAGAAUCAGGAGGGCGAGACGCCCCUGAGCCUGGCGGCGCCCUUUGGGUCGCUGCGCUUCCACCUGGGGCAGCUGGCCAAGGGGGAGAAGACCCUGGACGACUUUGAGCUGGCGUGA